UGCGGCUGUUCUCUCGCCGUGUUUGUACACAGUGCGCUGUGUAAUCGGGACCUGCGCUCUCUCUCUCGCUCGCUCUCGGUUAUUGCACUGUGCACCACUGCAGUAGGGGAUAAGUGCACAGGCAGAGCCGCUUCUUCCAAGCACUUAGACCUAGUGUCUAUCCCUUUCUCUCCCCAUCUCCUAAAGGACUUACAGAAACCAGUUGAGGAGGUAUACUGUCAUUUAAUACGACAUCGCUGGACGAAAAGGGAGCAGAAGUUGUAUCGUUUUUUUAACUUGUUCUUUCUGUGACCGUGGAGCAGAUACAUGAUCUUUAAGAAAUGAUGGGACCGUUAUCUCUUUUCUUCGUCCUCUGCGUAAACGUGGCUGUCCCGCAGCUAGCGAAAGGGGAGGUGUGUGAGCCUAGCCCAUGUGUGAACGGGGUGGCCUGCUUCACCGCGCUGGCAGACCAGGCUUUCGCAUCGGGCGAUGGUGAGGACCCAACAUCAUCAGGACCCUGCCACCCGAAUCCCUGUCACAACGGGGGACUGUGUGAGGUCAGCGAGACCUACAGAGGCGACACCUUCAUCGGAUACGUCUGCAAGUGUCCCCCUGGCUUCAAUGGGGUCCACUGCCAGCACAACGUGAACGAGUGUGAAAGGGACCCGUGUAAAAAUGGAGGAAUCUGCACGGACCUGGUGGCCAACUACUCAUGCGAGUGUCCUGGGGAGUACAUGGGCAGAAACUGCCAAUACAAAUGUUCCGGACCUCUGGGGAUGGAGGGGGGGAUCAUCUCUAACCAGCAGAUCACAGCCUCCUCCACACACCGGGCGCUUUUCGGGCUGCAGAAGUGGUACCCCUACUUUGCCCGACUCAACAAGAAGGGCCUGGUCAACGCCUGGACAGCAGCAGAGAACGACCGCUGGCCCUGGAUUCAGAUUAACCUCCAGAAGAGGAUGCGAGUGACAGGGCUGAUCACGCAGGGGGCCAAGCGCAUCGGCAGUCCCGAGUACGUCAAGUCCUACAAGGUGGCCUCCAGCGACGACGGCAAAACCUGGAGGACCUACAAGGUCAAGGGCACGGACGAGGACAUGAUAUUCCGUGGAAACGUUGACAACAACACUCCGUCUGCAAACUCGUUCACCCCUCCGAUCGAGGGUCAGUACGUGCGGAUUUACCCACAAGUCUGCAGGAGGCACUGCACCCUCCGCAUGGAACUCCUGGGCUGUGAGCUCACCGGAUGCUCGGAGCCCAUGGGCUUGAAGUCGGGGCACAUCCAGGACUACCAGAUCACUGCGUCCAGCAUCUUCAGGACCCUAAACAUGGACAUGUUCACCUGGGAGCCAGGCAAGGCCAGGCUGGACAAGCAGGGCAAGGUCAACGCAUGGACGUCCGGGCACAGUGACCAGUCACAGUGGCUGCAGGUGGACCUGCAGGUCCCCACUAAGAUCACAGGUAUCAUCACCCAGGGAGCUAAAGACUUUGGCCAUGUGCAGUUUGUGGGCUCCUACAAAGUGGCGUUCAGCAGUGACGGAGAGAGGUGGACCGUGUACCAGGACGAGAAACAGAGGAAGGACAAGGUCUUCCAAGGAAACUUUGACAACGACACUCACAGAAAGAACGCGAUAGAACCACCCAUCUACACCCGGUUCAUACGGAUCCUGCCCUGGUCUUGGUACGGUCGCAUCACCUUGCGGGUGGAGUUGCUUGGAUGCACAGAGGAAGAAUGAAUUAACCCCCCACCUUCCCAUGACGUACUGGAACAUCAACUGUCAAUCCAGUAUUUCAAUACAAACUGUGUGAAACCUGUAAAAAGAAUCGAUUUCCAAUGGGUUUUUCAAAGAAUAACAUGUUUAGUCAAGGUAGGCAGGAGUUUGUUUUGUACAAUGAUUUAAACCCGCCCUUCAAAUAUUUGCCCUUCCCCCCCUAUCCCACUUCCGUUUUUUUGUCCCUUCUCUUUUUAUUCUUAAAAUUCUUAUUCUGAUUUUUUGUAUCCGUAUGGAAUGCUUUUGUGUAACAUAUUGAGGGGAAAAGUGGUCACACUGUGGUUCAAACACACUUUGCCAUGGAAGCUACAGCGUCACUUUUGAAUUAGGACACAGGAGCAGUCAACCAGACUUCCUUGGGUAUGUGUGUACACAUAUGUACCUGACUGUAGCUCAAAGCUGAUUGGCAACAAGACAUUCAAAUAAUUAUUAAAAGAUAAUAAACCACUAAUAUUAUUCUAUAUAUUUGUACUUUUUACUAAAAUACUUCACCAAACUUGAUUAUAAUUAUAUUUGUCAUUAAUAUUAUAAUGCUGGGGAAAAAAAGAGAUAAAUUAAUAUUCUGUUGUAUAAUAUAUACAGUAAUACAUUUAAGAUGCAUGCAUGGCAUACAAAUUAUGGUAGUAAAUGUAUACUAAAUGAAUUCAUACCUAAUAUCAGUAAAGUGAUUUAUUUAGGGAUACAUUUUUACAUAUUUUCUAAAAGAUUCUGACUCACACUACAAGGGUUUAGACUAAUGCACUUACUAGAUGCAGAGAAAGAGCUUUAAAAAAGUGACACUGCAGUAUUAACACUGAGGUAUAUGGGGUGAUUAAAAGAGUCCUAAUGCUUUCAUUUUGUCUUUUUUGUUUUCAUUUACUUGAAAGUAAAAGUGUGUGUUAGCUGGGGUUCGUGGUUGGCUACGUUAUUCCCUCAGAACCGUCCCCUGGGAAGUUUUUCCAGCUUCUUUUUAAGGUCUUUUCAUGUUUCCCUUCGAGCAAAAUUUUGUUGGGGUCUACUUUCAAGUUAUAUUUCUAUCACAAAAUCAAUUUUAACCGCUCAGGAUAGAGUCCACCCUUUGUAUUGUUUUGUUUUUCUUUUUUUAGCACAUGAGUCAGUCUGCUAUAUGCCUAAGAGUAAAUCCAUUAUUUAAUAUAUUUAAGAACCGAUUUUUAUUUUAUAUAUAUAUAUUUGCUGGUUAUGGCAUUGAAGGAAAGCAGUGGUAAUGCUAACACUGAAAAUGUAAUUGAAACAUUAUUUUGUUUUUUUUUGUUUUUUUGUUGCAUAAAUUUUGAAAAUAUCCAAUCAUUAUUCCAACGGCAUCACAUUACCAUUAACAGCAGCUUUUUAAAAGAAAUAUAAAUGUUUUUCAAAAAUGACAAACAUACAAAAAAAGUAUAUGUAUAUCUGUAUUUGGGUAAAAUGUAAGAUAAACACUAACAGUUGUUGUUAUGUCACUGUAUACCAGUGUUACAUUUGCAAGUGUAUCAUGAAAAAUACCAUGGUGAAAAAGAGUGCAACCGAAAUGAAUGAAAAGGUUAUAAAUUGUAAAGUAAAUGGCCGAUGUUGGCAAUAUCUUACUAGACAGUACAGUGGCUCAUGAAACCCAAGUUUGACUGUGCUUGUGUCUGUACGUCCCUUUGCUACAUAUCCAACCUUACGUGGUGUCUGAACUCUAUCACUCUAACUUUGUUCUAAAAUGCAGGUCAGGCGUCCAUUUUAACAACACUCCAGCAUCUCUACCCUGCUGAAGAGAAUGCAUUGUUCUAGCCAUGACAAGUGAAGUGUUUCUUGAUGUAAACCAAUGUGUGACCGUUAUGUGGAAUCAUGGACUCUGCAUAGCCAUCGUACAACAUACUGAAUAAUCGCGUCUAAUGGAGUCCAUUGGAGACUUGUGGAGGUUUUUCCAAGUGAAAUAUGGUAAAAGCGUAAUAUUACUAUUUCAUUUUGAUGUAAUCUUCUUUGAUUGAGCCGUUUACAUCAUUCCAUCCAUUGCUCCUUUGUCAGCUUGGCCAUUUUGUCAGUUGAUCAGCCAGGUAUCUGCGUAGCAUUGCUGGAUAUGAUUUCUCUGGCCUUUCAGAAAUGGCUCCAGCCAUUGGCAGCCACAGAGAGAAUAUGUCACUGGAAUUUGACGGGCACACUCUACGUCAGGGGUUUCAAACUCCAGUCCUGGAGGGCCGCAGUGUCUGCAGGUUGUCCAUCUGUGAUUUCCUUACGAUCAGCAGACCAUUGAGAACAAGGUGUGUGGACUCUUUUACCAAUUAAUAACUGAAAAUAAUCACUUGUGCUGAAACACAGUGAAAACCAGCAGGCACGGUGGCCCUCCAGGCCGGGAGUUUGACACCCCUGCUCUACAGGGUGUCGGAUGGUCAUCGGCCUGCCCUCUUAAAGGCCUGCGCGAUGCGGACGAUAAGCGGCUGUCUUCGGCCAAUUACAGGCCACAGCUCCCUCCAUCUUGUGUACCCCUUUCUCUGACGUCAUCACUUCAAAGUCAAAUAUCGAGUGCUAUCUAGCAAAAUAUACCACUUAGCUAAAUCCUCACAGCCUGCGUGAGAGGGAAACGAGGUGGGCAGGUUUCUCUGUACAGAUGAACAGUGGUUGCUUCAGCGAAAGCUCUUUGGUUUGACAAAUAAAAAAAAACUGUCUGUGAA